AAUACAAAUCAUGAAAAGAAAAAAAAAGUGGUACGUACCGACUCGGACAUCGACGACACGAGCCGCGCUUAUUUAGUCAACAGAAAUGGAGACCUUAUAAAUUUCGCAGCCAUAGGCACAGCUGACUUGAAUCUUUUUGAGACAGAGUCUGGAAAGUCUUUGUGCCGUUGGGUUGGAAGUUAAUCACCAUGUCCCUUCCAGAGACGGAUCAAUAUUCAGAUGUCCAGGUUUACUUCACAGCCAAGGAAUGGGCAAAGAUCAGCGUUUAUGAGAGAACAUGUAUCAAGAAUGUCAAAGAAAACUAUGAGAUGAUGAUAAAUCUUGGAUUACAGGUAAAUCAGCCAAAGUUCAUGCAACGUGUGCAAGUUAUAAAGGAAGAGAUCAAAGAGGAAAGUGAUGGAGGGGAGGAGGAAAUAGAGUCAAGAGGAAUACCUGUGGUAAAUCAACCAAAGUUCAUGCAACGUGUGCAAGUUAUAAAGAAAGAGAUCAAAGAGGAAUUUGAUGGAGGGGAGGAGGAAAUAAAGUCAAGAGGAAUACCUGUGGUAAAUCAACCAAAGUUCAUGCAACGUGUGCAAGUUAUAAAGGAAGAGAUCAAAGAGGAAAGUGAUGGAGGGGAGGAGGAAAGAAAGUCAAGAGGAUUACAAGUAAAUCAACCAAAGUUCAUGCAACGUGUGCAAGUUAUAAAGAAAGAGAUGCAAGAGGAAAGUGAUGGAGGGAAGGAAGAAAGAAAGUCAAGAGGAUUAGAUGUCCGUCCAUCAGAGCUUUUGCAGCCUCAGCAAAGUGAAAAGAAACCGAUCCUAAAGGACUUGGGAAAUGGUAAUCUCCUUGAAUCAACAGACUUUGAUAAAUCCAUCCCAUUACAAACCAAUCCAACAUCAUCAGGUGAUCAGGGUAGUCAAUCAGGUGAUCUCAACACCCAGUCAUGUGAUCAGAAGACCAAACUAACAGAGGGAGCUCAAGGAACUGACCAAACCCCCAAGCAGUCCCAGGCAACUUAUUUGGAUGACAAAGGACAAGUAACUGGACAGGGUGGAAAUCUUGCAGGUUCUGGAAUUUGCAGAUGCAAGUACUGUGGAUCACCCUAUGCUAUUCCUCUUAUCUUAGCAAGGCAUCUCAAGUACAAACAUGGUCAUAAUGGUGGUAUUCUGGUACCAGAUUUAUCCCAUUCACGUUUUCUGCAGAUCAUCAAUGGAGAAAUACAAAACCCUUUUGAUAAACCCAAAGAGCCUUCACAUGAUGAAACAGGAAGUGCAAAAAUAGGAAGGAAGACUAAAUAUGUAAUAUAUCUUAGGAAAUCGAGUGAAAAGCAAAAACAGAAUUCUUACUUCUCCAGACAAUGUGAGAAGGUAAUUAAUCAUCAAGUUGGGGAUGCCAUAGCAGGUGAAAGAAUUCAUACAGGUGAUCAGCGCUAUGUUUGUUAUUAUUGUGACAAAGCAUUCUAUGAAGCAAGUGCUCUCAAAGCCCAUGCACAAAUCCAUUAUGAAGUGCAUGUUUGCGAUUAUUGUGAUAAGACUUUCCAUUUUGCUUCCGCUCUUAAAGCACAUAGAUGUAAAAGAAUUCCUACAGUUGAGAAACCCUAUGUAUGUGAUCAUUGUGGUAAGGCAUUUAUUCUACCAAGUCUUCUCCGCGCACAUAAACUAUAUCAUACUAGUGGUAAGGCCUUUGUUUGUGAUUAUUGUAAUAAGGCCUUAUGUACUUCCUCUUCUCUCGAAGCACAUAAACGGAUCCAUACAGGUGAGAAGCCCUAUGUAUGUGAUCAGUGUGGUAAGGCAUUUAAUGGGAAGGGUAAUCUCGCAAGACAUAAACGAAUCCAUACAGGUGAGAAACCCUAUGUAUGUGAUCGAUGUGGUAGGGCAUUUAGUGAAGAAACUACUUUCAGUAGACAUAAACAAGGUCAUGCAAAUGAGAAGCGCUUUGUAUGUGUUCACUGCGGUAAGGCAUUUAAUCAAAUGCUAAAUCUUAGUAUACAUGAACGAAACCAUACAGGUGAGAAAAAUUAUCUCUGUGAUCAAUGUGGUAAGGCAUUUUAUAGAGCUGAUCAUCUCAAAGCACAUAAAAGAAUUCAUGAUUCUGACAAACCCUAUGUAUGUAUUUAUUGUGGUAAGUCAUUUAAUUAUGCGUGUAAUCUAAAAAUUCAUAAACGAAUCCAUACCGGUGAAAAGCCCUAUGAAUGUCAUUUUUGUGAUGAGGCAUUUCGUCACUGUAGCUCUCUCAAAGGCCACAUUACAAGUAAGCACAAGUGAGAAGCCCAUUGCAUGUGCGGUGAAGCUUUUUUUUCAUCUUGGAAGCAAUCUCAAAAGUCGUAUGCAAUUUCAUACAGUUGAGAAGCCCUAACAGUAACAAUAUGGCAGGGCAUUUUGUCAUCAGUAAAAACAUGAACAAAUCCAUUCAGUGAAGAAACCCAAUGGUCCAAAUUCACAAAGGUAGUUUUGAAAACCAUCGGUUGAACCCACUGUUUUCAUAUUAGUAGAGCGGAUUAGCCGAACAAUUGUGCAAAUUUUGACUAAAGCAUGAAACUUUCACAAGUAUUAGUAUAUGCCGUAAGAUUUAUUUUAAAGAUGGGAGGUAAAUUUAUAAAUGCCAUUUUCGGCCGUUGCCAUGGCAACGGAUUAAUUUCUCCAAAAUAACAUCCAUUCCCAUGUAAAUGGUAAAUAAACAUGAUAUAGAUGACCAAAAUGAUAAUUUUCAGGCUCCCAAUUGAAUGCAUAUGAAAUUUAGAAAUAUUCAAGAUCAUCAAGAUAGUUCCAAUUGGUCCGUUACCAUGGCAACGGCUUGUUUUUCCCCAAAAAAGUAACAAAUUUGAUUAAAAAAAACGUUGUAGAAUAUGAUUUAUCUUUAAUUUCCCCUAACUUUACAGUGCUUAUCGAAGAUAUUUUGGUUGCUAAAUGUGUAAAUUACAUCUCAAGCCAUUGCCAUGGCAACCAAAUAACAUCUAAUUUACAAAAAUAACAUGUUUGACAAGACAUUGGACAGGUGGAAAAUACAAGUGGAAUUAACUUAAUCUGUAUGCUUAAGAUUUGACCCCCUCAUUUGAACAAAAAAUACAGGAAGUGUUCUGCAGGAGUUCUUUAUAAAGAUAAAAAUUAAUGUUGCCUUGGUAAAGCUUGAAUUAAAUUUAAAAAUAAACAAUUUUGCAAAGGACCCGUUGCCAUGGCAACAUCUUAUUUCCCUCUAGAAAGGUAAAAAUAUUGAUAAAAAUGUAAAAUACAUGUACAGUAAGAUCAUCAUUCCAUUUUCCCUAAUUUCAAGGUACUAAUCGAGAUAUGUUUGUGACUAAAUUUUAUAAAUAUAACAUCUUAAGCCAUUGCCAUGGCAACCAAAUAACAUCAAUUUUUUUUAAGAAGUGGAUGAUAAGGUUAAAAACAGGUGAAAGAUACAAUGAAUAUUAACUUAAUGUGCAUUCGUAAGGUCUGACCUACUCAAUUAAUUUAGGGGACAAUAAUACAGUCAGUGUUCUGCAUGAACUAAAUUAGAAUGAUAAACAUUGAUGUUGCCUUGGUAAUACUUGAAUUCAACAAUAAAUAUCAAUAUUCAAAAUGGCCUGUUGCCAUAGCAACAGAUCAUUUAGUAUCAGUUUUGAUUAAAAAAGGGACUGUAGAAUCUGAUUUUUCUUGCAUUUCCCCUAAUCUUUGUGUGCUAAACAUCGAUAUGUUUGAUGCAAAAUGUAUAAAUAACAUCUGAAGCUAUUGCCAUGGCAACCAGAUAAUAUCUAAUACUAAAAAAUAAUGAUUUGGAUGACAAGAUUUUGGACAGGUGGAAAAUACAAAUACAAAUAACUCAAUAUACGAAAGGUUUGGCCGGUCAUUUAAUUUCGAACAAAAAUUUCAGUAAGAGUUCUGUAUGAGUUCAUCAGAAUAAUAAAAUUAUGUUGCCUUGGUAAUACUUGAAUUUAAUGAUAAAUAUUAGUGUUUCAAAUGUCCCAUUGCCAUGGCAACAGCUCAUUCCCCCCAGAAAAGUAUCAUGUUUGAUAAACAAAAAAAUUGUAAAAUCUGAUUUUUAUUUCAUUUGCCCCAAUUUUAGUGAGCUAAGCAUAUAUAUGCUUGCUGUUAAUAAAUAAAUAACAUCUUCAGCCAUUGUCAUGGCAACCAAUUAAGAUAUAAUUUUUAAAACAAACUAACACAGUUGUUGGAUCGUUGACGAAAAGGAACGAUUACAGGUGGCAAAUUCCGCUUGGGAUUGUAUAAGUAUACAACGGUCAACUGAGCUGGCCUCCGAAGAACCGAUGUAACUGUGUUUUAUUCAAUCUAUGGAGUUAAAAGAAAAAGAGGGAAAAACAUCCUCAGUUUCAAGACCAUAAAUGUAUCACUGAAUGUUACGUGGUUUACAUAACUUCCUAAAUUGUCAUGAACCAAAUGCAUAUUUGACUUUACAGUCUGAAUCAAAUUGUUUAUAAAAGAUCUGAAGUCUUUGCUUUUACUUUCAUGAUGUCAUGUUUGCAUUAAUUACUUGACAAAUAAAUUGAAUAUUGCUGGUAAAAAUAAUCCUCUAUAUCUGAACAGGUGUCUUCCUUGUUUAACUUGUUUCAGUUAGAGUUUUAGUUAAAUUUCUCAAUCUGAGAACUCCAAAUAUCCUACUUGUGACAUCAUGAGUAAACAAACACCUCAAAUAUAACAAUGCUUAACAUUGAAUCUCAAAUGCCUACCGUAAACAUGAGCCAACUGGCAUCAAUUAUUCAUAGUCAAAAAUGACUGAAGCAAUUACAAAAAUGAUGCAUAUUUGUUGCAUUCAAAAUCUGCCAAAGACAAAUCUAAACGUCUGAAAGAAGACUAAUAUUUGCAUUUUCUUAUCUGUGCAGUUUGCACUUAUAAAAACACAACAUUCUAAUGCUUGGUGCAUAAUUUAUCCUUUUUCUGACAUAAUUCUGUUUUUCCUAAAUUUGGAAAUCCUUUACAUUCACAAAACCUUACUUUUGGUUUUAACAAUAUCUAUUAUUAAAAAAUCAACUAAUUCAAAAAGUGUAUUUCUCACAAAUUCUGAACCUAGAUAUUGAGCAAGAACACACGUGUUAUCUUCAAUAUUAAUAUCGACUCUUGCUUUUAAACUGUAAUCUCACUAUUUUUACGAAGCAUGGGAAUUUUGUUUGUUAUUCUCAUGCAUACUCUUCAUCUAACACAAUGCCUGAAAAUGUUCAUCUCAUUUUCUGUUUAAAAACAAAUUACUUCUUGGGCUUAUGUCUGUUUAUAAUUUACAGACUAGUUUAAAACAAAUACAUUAUCUUGCUUCUGUUUAUCAUUUUACAUGUAUCAUAACCUUUAGUUUAUAAACUAAAUGUGCAGAUUCAGAAUAGAAAGUGUAUCUUAUAACUUUUUGACUUUCAAUCUUUUUUUGUCUUUUGCCAUUACCGCACUAAAAGAAAAUACAAGCAUUGAACCUAGCCGCUUGCAAUGGGCGCUUUAUACAUGCGUAAAACUUUCACUUGACUCAUACACUUUCCGUUCCAAAUUUUCACAUUUGUACAUUACAUAAAUGGAUCUUGUUUAACUCAUACUUUACUCACUUUCUUGGCGGAAAGUACCAAUAACUCGAAAAGUCAGAAAUGAAACCUCACGGUCUCAUUUUCCUAAAAAAACUACAGCGAAACAGCUCCAAACAUGCUCGCUGCACAUGUAGAUAACUGCCUAAUUUUAACAGGCCAAUUUUGCAGUCAACAUAAAUUUCUAAGGUGUCUUCAAAUUAUGCCUUCUGAACUAAACCAAAAUAAAUACAUAUGAAAAAAUACUUGUUCAACGAAACAGUUGUAAUGAUAAUGGACAGGUGGAAUGUAAAGUAAAGAUUUACUUAAUCUACAUAAGGUUUGACUUUGACCAGUCAUUAAGUUUUGAACAAAAAAUACAGUAAGUGUUCCGCAUGAGUUCAUUAGCAUGAUAAAAACUGAUGUUGCCUUGGUAAUGCUUGAAUUUAUUGAUAUCAAUGUUUACAAAUGUGUGUUCUGUUCCCAUGGCAACGGGUCAUUUUAUUCCCCCUAAAAUACCAUCUUUGAUAAAAGAUACCUUGUAGAAUCUUGUUUUUCAUUCAAUUCUACUAAGUUUAGGGUGCCAAACAUACACGUACAUCUCUGUUGGUUAAUGUAUAAAUAACAUCUUAAGGCAUUACCAUGGCAAUAAAAUAACAUAUAAUUUACCCAAAAAAUAACAUGGCUGACAAGAUAAUGGACAGGUGGAAAAUACAAUAAAAUUAACUUAAUAUGCUUGAAUUUAUUGAUAUCAAUGUUUACAAAUGUGUGUUCUGUUCCCAUGGCAACGGGUCAUUUUAUUCCCCCUAAAAUACCAUCUUUGAUAAAAAAUACCUUGUAGAAUCUUAUUUUUCAUUCAAUUCUACUAAAUUUAGGGUGCCAAACAUACACGUACGUCUCUGUUGUUUAAUGUAUAAAUAACAUCUUAAGGCAUUACCAUGGCAAUAAAAUAACAUUUAAUUAACCAAAAAAUAACAUGGCUGACAAGAUAAUGGACAGGUGGAAAAUACAAUAAAAUUAACUUAAUAUGCGUAAGGUUUGACCUACUCUUUUAAUUUUAAAAUCACAUUAAGUGUUAUGCAUGAUUUCUUACGAUAUGUUGAUUUGGUAAUGCUUGAACAUAAUGAUAAAUAUCAAUGUUGCCAAUGGUCCCUUAAAAGUAAAAAUUUUGAUAAAAUAAUAUGUUUAUUUUAUUUCCUUGUCCCUUAUUUGAGGAUGCUGAACAUAAAUAUGCUAAAUGAUAAGCACCAUCUUAUUACGUUAUACAUGGCAUCGAAAUAAGACCUACAAAAAUCUUAUCAGACUUUUUUGGGCUCAAAUAAAUUCCCGAAACUCUAAUUUCGAGGCUGGUCAAUUUCGUUCAAAGUAUUCGCAGGCUGCCACUUUGAAGAAAGCGUCUUGGUGUGAUUUGUGCUUUAAGGCCGUUCAUCAUAUCAAUAUAUAAGGGGAUAAUAGGCGUUGAUAAAUCAAAAUCAAAAGUCUAUCUGAGGAGUUGACAUGGUCUUGAGCUCCUAAUCAAUGUAAAUACAGUAAAUCAACUUUUACAUGGAAAUCAUUAAAAUUUUGCUUUGUCUGACUGUUUUAGCAUAAUACUUGGCUCGAAAUUUGAUGACAAAGAAUUAUCAAGUAUCAUCUGCUAGUACGCAUUUUAAUUUCUGCAUAUAUCAGAAAAUUGUUACUUUUUGAAAAUUCCCAUCAUUUCUUGAAAAUUGCCGAAAAUUCCAAAAAUUCCCACCAAAUUCCCGUUUAUUCCCAUGAAAAGAUUCCAUCAAGAAAAUUCCCGGAAAUUCUGCAACCCUACUCCCCCCAAAAAAAAUCAUUACCAAGAAAAAAAUAAAGAGAACCUGAAAGAGAGAUGGAUAAAAUAUGAUUAUUUUACGAAUACUAUACCCAAAAUCUUUUACAAAAUUUUAUUUUUGUAAAAAAAAUGAAAAAUUUCGAAAGUUUUACUCUUUCGCUGGGCUAGCUGACAACUUUUAAAAAUUAAUUUUACUCAAUACAUCAUAUCUGGACCCCUCAAAAUUACAUCACAGAUUUUGACGAAGAAGAUUUUGAAAUACUGUGAUAAUUUUUAAAUUAACAUAAUUAUGAAUCUAAUCAACAUGAAGUAUAAUCUAUUCACUGCUAAUUUUACAUGAUAAGUAGACUUAUUAAAAUAUUUAAAUUUUUAAAAAUACCCUUACUGGUUGAAAGGUUGAAAAGAAAAAUUAAGUACUCCAGGGUAACAGGAAAAUCCAAGAUGGUGCCCUCACUGGCUGCCGUAGGCUAAAAAUCCACAACUCAUCCAUUACUUGAUAAAAUGGCUUUAAUUUGUUUUUUAUUCAUUGGUUAUUAAGGAUCAAUAGUACAUAGGGCCAAGUUACAGGGACAGCCAGUGGUCUGGAAUGUCCAAAAACAUAAGUUGGCUUCAAAAAAUUGAAUCUAAAAUGGUUGCUGAUACCUAAAGCGGACGUAGCUCAUUUCAUAUUGGCCUAGGGGAAGUGAUUUUGACUUUAAAUCAUUGGUUUCAAGAGUCUAAUAAUAUUAGGACAAGUUACAACGACAGUCAAGUAUGUCCGAAAAUCCAAUAUGGCUUCCGAAAAUAAUUAUAAAAUGGCUGCUGAUACUUAAAAGUGGAAUAGCUCAUUUUAUAUUCACAUGUGAGAUAUGAUUUUGGUGUCUAAACUAUGAUUUCAAAGGCGAAUAAUACAUAAGGACAAGCUACACGGACAGUCGGUGGUCUUGUAUGUCCAAAAUUCCAAGAUGGCUUCCAAAAAAGAUAUAAAACAAUGUCUAAUGUUGCUUACAAAUAAACAUAGUUUGUUCAAUAUCUGUCUGGGGAAUAUGAUUUUGGUGUCUAAACCAUAUUUUAAAGGGUCAAGUAAUGCAUUAGGACAAGUUACAAGGACAGUCGGUGGUUUGGUAUGUUAAAAAACGCAAGAUGGCUUACAAAAUGGGGUCUAAAAUUGACUGUUGUUACUUAAAAAUUGGCAGAGCUCAUUCUAUAUCCGCCUGUGAGAUGUGAUUCUGGUGUCUAAACCAUAUUUUCAAGAGUCAAAUAAUAAAUUAGGACAUAGUUUGUUCAAUAUCUGUCUGGGGAAUAUGAUUUUGAUGUCUAAACCAUAAUCAUAAAACCACGGUUUAAUGCAUUAGAACAAGUUACGAGGACAGUCAGUGGACUGGUAUGUUAACAAAUCCAAGAUGGCCUCCAAAAUGGGGUCUAAAUUGACUGUUGGUACUUCAAUAUGGACAUAAUAUAGUUCAUUAAUAAUAUAAUAUGGGGAUAUGAUUUUGAUGUCUACACUAGUAUUUAAAGGGUCAAGUAAUACUGUACAUUUGGUCAAGGUGAAAGGACAGUCGGGUGUCAUUAUUGUGUCAAAAAAUUCAAAGAUGGCUUGAAAAAUGGGGGUUAUAAUGUUACUAAAAAAUGGACAUAGUACAUCAAAAAUACACCUGGUGAUAUUAUUUUGGUGUCUACACUAGGGUUUCAAGGAUCAAAUUAUACUUUGGGACUGGUUACAAUUGUCCAUUUUGCCUGAAAAUCCAAGAUGGCUUCCAUAAAUGGGUUCUAAAAUGACAACUGUUACUUUGAAGUGGAUGUAAUAUCCACUUGUGAGAAAUAAUUUUGGUGCCUACAUUCAAAAUGCAAGCAGGUAAGAGUUGGCAACAGCACCCAUUGAUGUAAUUUUAGAAUCUACCUUGGAUUUUGGACAAAAUUGAUAACUAACCAUCCUUGUUACUUGUCCUAAUGUAAUAGUGGACCCUUCAUACCACAGUGUAGACACCAAAAAUGUUUCUCACAUGUUGAUGUUGUAUGAACUCAGAUAAUUUCUGAGUGAUAUAAGUCAUUUUAGAUGCCAUUUUGAAAAUCCUCUUGGAUUUUUAGGAAAAAAUGGACAACUGGAUAUCAUUGUAACCAGUCUAAACAUAUUUUUUAAACCUUGAAACCAAAGUGUGAACACCAAAAAAAAAAUUUCUUGGUGGAUUUUAAAUGAACUAUGUCAAAUUUUAAGUAACAGACUCCGAUUAGACUCCAAUCGUCGGAAGCCAUCUUGGAUGUUUAGACACACUAGAUUACGGACUGUCCUUGUAACUUGUUCAAAUGUACAUGAUGUAUUUACUGACAUAUAUUACACGAAAUAUGUCAAUUUGUUAGUAACAGGAGCUAUUCCAUUUUUGGAAGCCACCUUGGAUUUUUGGACAAACUUGACCACUGACUGUCCUUGUUACUUGUCCUAAUGUAUUAUUUGACCCAUUUAACCAUGACAUAAACAUAUUCCAGGAUAUCAAACAAACUACUUUUUUAAUGCAGCAACAGCAAUUUUAGACUCCAUUUUUGGAAGCCAUCUUGGAUUUUUUUAUAUAAUGGACAACUGACUGUCCAUUCAACUUGUGAUAGUGUAUUAUUUGACCAUUGAAACCAUGGUCUAGACACCAAAAUCAUAUAUCUCAGAUUGAUAGGAAAUGACCUAUAUGUCCAUUUAUAUAUCAACAGCCAUUUCAAACUCCAUUUUUGGAAGCCGUCUUAGGGUUUUGGACACGUCAGACCACUGGCUGUCCUUGUAACUAGUCCCAAUGUACUACUUCACCCUUAAAACAUAGAAACCAAAUUAAGCCACUGAAAUUAGAUGUUAUUUGGUUGUCAUGGCAAUGGCUGAAGUUAUUUGUACAUCAACAGCAAACAUAUCUAUGCUUUGCAUCCUAAAAUUAGGGGAAAUUUAUGACAAAAUGCAGAUUUUAAACUGUUUUUCGAUCAAAUUUGGUGCUUUUCUUGGAAAAAAAGAGUUGUUGCCAUGGCAACGGCCCAUUUGCCACAUUGAUAUUUAUCAUUAACUUCAAGCAUUACCAAGGCAACCUCAAAUUUCAUCAUUCUAAUGAACUAAUGCGAAACAUUGUAAUCUUUGUUCAAAAUUAAAUGACUGGGUCAAACCUUGAGUUAAUUGUUAUAAAUUGCAGUUUCCACCUGUCCAUUAUCAUGUCAACCAUGUUAAAUUUUUUUUCAAAUUAGAUGUUACUUGGUUGCCAUGACAAUGGAUUUAUAUGUUAUUUGCAUGUUAACAGCAAACAUAUCUAUUCUUACCCUAAAGUUAAGGGAAAUGAAAGAAAAAUCAGAUUAUACAGUCCUUUUUAAAAAUCAAAACUGCUACUGUUCUUGGGUAAAUGAUCCGUUGCUAUGACAACAGGCCAUUUGGAACAUUGAUAUUUAUCGUUGAAUUCAAGUAUUACCAAGGCAACAUCAAUGUUUAUUAUCUUAAUUAGUUCAUGCAGAACACUGACUGUAUUAUUUUCCCCUAAAUUAGUUGAGUAGGUCAGACCUUACGAAUGCACAUUAAGUUAAUAUUCAUUGUAUCUUUCACCUGUUUUUAACCUUAUCAUCCACUUUAAAAAAAAAUUAGAUGUUAUUUGGUUGCCAUGGCAAUGGCUUAAGAUGUUAUAUUUAUAAAUUUAGUCACAAACAUAUCUCGAUUAGUACCUUGAAAUUGGGGAAAAUGGAAUGAUGAUCAUACCGUACAUGUAUUCUACAUUUUUAUCAAUAUUUUUACCUUUCUAGAGGAAAAUAAGCUGUUGCCAUGGCAACGGGCCCUUUGUAAAAUUGUUCCUUUUUAAAUUCAAUUCAAGCAUUUCCAAAGCAACAUAAUAUUUUAUCUUUAUAAAGAACUCCUGCAGAACAAUUUUGUAUUUUUUGUUCAAAUGAGGGGGUCAAAACUUAAGCAUACAGAUUAAGUCAAUUCCAAUUGUAUUUUCCACCUAUCCAUUGUCUUGACAACCAUGUUAUUUUUGUAAAUUAGAUGUUAUUUGGUUGCCAUGGCAAUGGCUUGAGAUGUAAUUUACACAUUUAGCAACCAAAAUAUCUUUGUUAAGCACUGUAAAAUUAGGGGAAAUUAAAGAUAUAUCAUAUUCUACAACUUUUUUUAAUCAAAAUGUUUAUUUUUCUGGGGAAAAACAAGCCGUUGCCAUGGCAACGGACCAAUUGGAACUAUCUUGAUGAUCUUGAAUAUUUCUAAAUUUCAUAUGUAUUCAAUUGGGAGCCUGAAAAUUAUCAUUUUGGUCAUCUAUAUCAUGUUUAUUUACCAUUUAUAUGGGAAUGUAUGUUGUUUUGGAGAAAUUAAUCCGUUGCCAUGGCAACGGCCGAAAAUGGCAUUUAUAAAUUUACCUCCCAUCUUUAAAAUAAAUCUUAUGGCAUAUACUAAUACUUGUGAAAGUUUCAUGCUUUAGUCAAAAUUUGCACAAUUGUUGUGAUUUUUGGAGCUAAUCCGCUCUACUAUAUGCAGAUUUCCUGUAUAAAUUUUCCUUGCAAGAGAACAAUUUCCAAUGUUGAUGUGUGCUUUUCAGGUCGCCAAAUUUACGCUUGUUGCCAUGGUUAAGUAUGCUUGAGUCCACUGUUUUAACAACAGACAGUUGACUCCUGAAUAAAGUAGCAUAUGUAUGUCAUCAAUGUGCGACAGAAAUUAGAUGCGGAUCUAUCCUCACAAAACAAAUUCACAGACGUUUCUGAUGAAUACAGUUUGAACAUUUUUUAAUUUACACAACAUCAUAUAGAAGUGCAUCCAGUGGAAUAGUUUUUUGUGAAUCAGAAAAAAGAAAAAAGCUCUUGUAUGCUUUGUGGUUGAGAAGCAAUAUGCAUGUGAUCAGCAUUGGGAGACAGACCAAUUUGUAUACUGGUGUGUUGGCUCAGUUGGUAGAGCGUCCGUUUCAAAACCGGGAGGUUGGGAGUUCAAACCCCAGCCGCGUCAGACCAAAAGACGUUAAAACAUGGGAGUUGCUGCUACCCUGUUUGCGUUCAACAAUUAAAGGGAUAGAGCCUCGUCGAUCUGGCGCUGCACAGGGGCUGCCGGGCCCACGAUCAAUUGGGAAGAGCCAAUUUUCAGAGUAUUUAAUUUCAUGUCAAUCUCGAAUAAUAAAUUAUGGAUUUCUCAUUUUCAUCAUUUUUCAGAUGUUAGAAUAAUUGUUUGUUUUAAAUUCAUAUUUAAAAAAAAGUUUGUAAAAAAAUCAUGUAAAAAUAAAAAAAAAUAGAAAAACAAUUAUACAAAUGCUGUUAACAUAACUAAAAAAUAAAAUGCAGUGAAAGAAAAUAUGUCAGUGGCAACACGAAAAUCAUAAACAACAUUCUUAGUAUGAAAAAUGAUUAAAAUAAUUAAAUAUGAUUUUUGGUUAUCGGAUGGAAAAUCUAUAAAAGACAACAUUAUUAUUUUUUUUAUCACCAUUGGAAAGAAUCUUAACACCAGGUCAAGAAAGUGAUUCUUAUUUACGUCAUUUAGGGAAACCAAAUACAGGAUCUGUUUCUUUCCCCUCAUUACUGCCAAAAUACUGUUUUGUCAUCUAAAAAUGGAAAAUCCCCAUGAUAUGACUGUAUUGAUAAUAGUAGGCCUAUAUUAAAACAGUGAUUAAUGUAUUAUGUAAACCUUCAUGCAAUACAUAUAAUUUUUGUUUUUAGAUGCCUCAUGAACUUUAAUAGUGCAAAUUACUUAGUAUUUUUAAAUCUUGGAUGAUAUCCUAUAUCUCUUAAGAAAUUAUCUAAAUUCAAUUUAAUCACACAUUUGCUUUUUCUAUUUUUUUUCUAUUUUAUUUGUACAUAUCUUUUAUGUCACUGUAUUUUCUCCCACUUUAAUUUGCUAACAUUAGGGUCAAUCUUUUAAGUUUCUAAUUUACUUCUUUUGACCCUCCACAAAUGUAUUUUGUAUUAUCUUUGUUUAUGCUCUGUGUAUACGUUAUAUUUGCUAUGAUUUGAUGUGCUUAUAGUGUAAAAUUUUUUUUCCAAACAUUUUUAUAGGAAUGUGAAAAAUAAACUGAACUUUAAUUUUGUGAUAAGACAUAUCUCACAUUCAAUAAUAUAUCAAUACGUAAUUGAUGUCAGUUUGCAGAGUUUAUCCUACCUUAAUCUUGAGAGUUAAGUCAUCAAUAUAGUUACUCCUGCGCUUUUGUUAUCUGUCAUCAAGUUAUCAUCAUCUUCAAUAAAUAUAUAUAAUAUGAA